AUGAAGCUUGGUCGGAAGCGAUCCGGAAAGAUUUUGCUUUUCGCAAGCCGGGCGCGUGCCCGCUGCUCGUGUUUCUGCGUCCCCAACGUCCCCGACAGGCACAACAAGCUCACCGGAAGCAAGCACGCCACCCCCUUCAACAUCAUCGACGCAAUCACAGACACCCUCACCGAUGUCGACAUCGCCAAGCUUGACAUCGACGACCGCGUCCACUUCGUCCAUUCUGGCCACUACCACGAGCACCCCUACCACGACCAAUCGACCGACUUCCGUCUCUGCCACAUCCAGUCGGCCAAGCAUCUCAACAACCGCUGCUGGCGAAACCUCGCCAGCAUCCUCGCCGGUCCCCGCCAAUGGAAUAAGAGGAAGCAGGCUGGGCCUAGGCACUCCAUUGAAAUAUCGAAGCCGCUCCCCGGUUCCGGUCGCACAUACCCCGCGCGUGACGAUCGGGAACGAAACCACGACCCGUACGACAAGUACAACCAUGACAUCGAAAUGACUUCGAAUCGCUACGAGGACAUGGUCCCCAGCCAGCAGCCACGGACAAUGGUGUAA